AUGACCACUCGAAAAACAGUAGAUUCAAGACUUUUAGAAUGGCAAACCACAUGCAAGCAUCCAGUGAUAAACUUGACUCCAGAGAAAGUCGAUAAAUUAUACCACUUGAAAUUGAAAAGUGAAAGCAAAAAUAUCAGUUCAAACAGGCUAUUGCCCAUUUCAUUAUCAAGCUUACAAAAAAAAAUGGAGAAACUUUUCAUCAAAGAUAAAAGUCACUCACACAAGCCUUCCCUUCCAGAUCCUAAGGUGCCAACCCUACGCACUUAUAAAGAUGGUGGAUUUUUCAUUAGCGGAAAAGGUUCAAUGAAACUACCAGAUAUCGAAAGCGCUAUUCAUAAAUUUUUAUGGAAGAAAUACGGGAAAGGAUUGGUUUACUGUUAUGGGUGUGAUCCAACUGGAAAAAAGAGGCAUACAGAGUGGUUCAAUGUGCCUGUAUUGGAGCUACCAUCAGUACUAAGACUUAUUGAUUCUUAUUGCCUUGGAGGAGAAUCUCGUUAG